AUGACUUUGACAAAGCCUUCUCUGGAUACUAUUUUACAACUUAUUCCUCCACUCUCUCCUGAUUUUCAUAAAGGCCAAGCAGGUCGAGUUUGUGUUGUUGGAGGGUCCGAGGAAUAUACCGGUGCUCCUUAUUUUAGCGCGAUAUCCGCGUUAAAGCUUGGAUCCGAUAUGGCUCAUGUUGUUUGCGAACCGACGGCGGCUACAGCGAUAAAGAGCUAUUCACCAGAUUUAAUGGUAUACCCGUACAUGCGUAAAUCCAAGAAAGACUCGGAUUUGAACCCUGAGGAUGUUGUAAAUAACGUCGCAACACUUUUACCCCGUAUACACGUAUUAGUCUUAGGCCCAGGGUUAUCAAGAGACACGAUGAUGCAGAAUUGCGCUAAAGGAAUCAUACAGAAGGCCAAAGAAAAAGAAUUGCCCAUUGUUAUUGAUGCUGAUGGAUUGUUUCUUGUUCAAAAUGAUCCCGAUAUUAUUAAGAAUUAUUCCAAAGCGAUUUUAACACCGAAUGUGAACGAAUUUCAGCGACUUUGUGAAAAAAUGAAUAUUAGCUUCGAAGAUAAUCAUAAAGACGAAAUGGCCCAAAAACUAAGUCAGGCAUUUGGUGGAAUUACUAUUGUACAAAAGGGUAAAAAUGAUUUGAUUUCAAAUGGAAAUACUGUAUUCAUAGUUGAUAAUAAAGGAGGUUUCAAACGCUGUGGAGGUCAAGGAGAUGUUCUUACCGGUCUUAUUGCCACGUUCUUGGCAUGGGGCAUUGCAUAUCAAAAGAAGCUCUGGAAACAUGACAAUACGAUCUUACCCUCCGACAUUCCAAUGCUGGCCAGCUUUGCUGGAUGUACUAUCGUCAGAGAGUGUUCGCGUGCAGCAUUUGAAAAAUUAGGCCGCUCAGUACAAACAUCUGAUAUAAUUUCCGAAAUCGGUCCCAUCUUUAAACAAAAAUUUGAAA